UUACCAUCUUCUUGGUUUUGUUGUCUAAAUAAUAAAAAUAGAGUUCCAAGCUUGUAUGUGCGUCAUGAUAUUGCUCUCAAAAUAAAAGAUUUAAAUGAAAAACUAAACGAUAUUACUAUUAAGAAAGAUAGAUUUUGUUUUAGUAAAACCAUAAUGAUGGUUGAUGAAAAACUCGAACGACCAAAGACUACAUCUCUUGUUGAUGUUUCUGAAGUCUAUGGUCGCGAGAAUGAGAAGAGGGAUUUAAUAAACAAGUUGUUGUGUGAAAGUAACCCUAUUGAGGGUGGGGCGCCAAAUGUAGUCAUCCCCAUCAUCCCUCUUGUGGGGAUGGGAGGAAUUGGAAAAACUACUCUGGCACAACUAGUGUAUAAUGAUGAGAGUGUCAAGGCUCAUUUCGAGCAUAGAAUUUGGGUUUGUGUUUCAGAUCCCUUCGAUGAGUUCAGGAUUGCAAAAGCAAUCGUUGAAGCUCUCGAAGGUAAAUCUCCUAAGAUAUUUGAAUUGGAAAAUUUAUUACAACAUAUUUACAAUGUAUCCAUCAAGGACAAAAAGUUCCUUCUUGUCUUAGAUGAUGUAUGGACUAAAGAUGAUAGUAAGUGGGAACAAAUAACCAAACAUCUUAGGAGUGGGGCUAUAGGAAGUCGGAUUUUGGUGACGACAAGAAAACAAGAAGUUGCCAUUAUGAUGGGAGCAGAAACUCAAAUAAUUAAUCUUACCCUUUUAUCUGAGAAUGAUUGUUGGUUUAUAUUUAGUCAAAUAGCAUUCUCAACUAGGGAUAGAAUUGAGGAGUUAGAAGAAAUUGGAAAGCAAAUUGCAUGCAAGUGCAAGGGCUUGCCUCUUGUUGCAAAGACUUUAGGGAGUCUUAUGCGUUUCAAAAAGAAUAAUAAAGAGGGUUGGGAGGGUGUUUUGUAUAAUAAAUUGUGGGAAUUAGAAGAUAUUAAGCUCAAAGUCUUUGUUCCCUUCUUGUUAAGCUAUUAUGAUUUGCCCUCUAUUGAGAAACGUUGUUUCUCAAUUUGCUCUAUUUUUCCAAAAGAUUAUGUCAUUCAUGUGGAUGACUUGAUUGAUUUAUGGAUGUCACAAGGUUAUGUAACCAAUGACUUCAAAAUCAAUCUCAAGAAAGAGGGUCAGUAUCAUUUUGAAAACCUAGCAAUGAGAUCUUUCUUUCAAGAUUUUGAGAAAGACCCUUAUGGGAAUAUCAAAAGUUGUAAGAUGCAUGACAUCAUACAUAGUUUUUCUCAAUUUCUCACAAAAAAAGAAUGUUUAGGAAUAGAGGUACGAGGUGAUGAUACAAGGAGAAUGGAGAUAACGAAUGAGAAUAAGAUUCGACACUCGAUGUUAGUAGUACAAUCUUCUAAUGAAAGUGAGGCUCAAAUUCCUUUUUCAAUUUACACCCAGAAAAAUCUACGCACCCUUUCUGUUACAUGCUCACAUGUUAUAUCUAAUCCUAUAUUAAUGGUUGAUUUAUUCUCAAGUCUAACAUGUCUUAGGGCCUUGAAUGUGUGUCAUUGUUCAAUUCCUGAAAUACCAAAGGAGGUUGAUAAGUUGAUACAUUUGAGAUAUCUUAAUGUGUCUGAAAACCCUAGGAUCACAGAAUUGCCUGAUACCUUGUGUAACUUGUGUAAUUUGCAAACUUUGAAAGUGACUGGGUGCCAAAUAAAAAAACUACCUAAAGAGAUGGGAAAUCUAGUAAACUUACGACACCUAUAUAUUUGGUCCCCUAUUGUUAUGUUGAAUGGAUUACCUAAAAGUCUUGGACGUUUAACUUCUUUGGAGACUCUUGAUCAAUUUGUUGUGCCUAAUCAAGAAGAUAAUAGUCCAUUUAUGAAGUUAGAAGCUUUGAGUGAGUUUAAGCAUCUUCAAGGGAGUAUUAGCAUAGCAAAUUGUGGAAGAUUGUAUGGUGAAGAAGCUAGGAAGGCGCCAUUCAAAGAUAAAGAACACCUUGUAGAACUCGAGCUGAGUUUUACACAAUCGCGAACCAACAACGAAAAUGAGAGCUUUGUGCUUGAAUCCCUAACCCCACAUCCAAAUUUGAAAUACUUGCAAAUCAGCCACUACCAUGGUACCAUAGUGUCCCUUAAUUGGUUGACUUCAUUAACUAAUCUCAAACAUCUUCGACUCUUCAUGUGUCCAUGUUUUGAGUCUUUCCCUCCUUUGGGUACAUUGCCUUCUCUUGAAUCACUCCAAAUGGAAUGGAUGCAAAGUGUAGUAAAGGUAGGGCUUGAGUUUUUGGGAAUAGAAAGAAAUAAUAGUGGAGCUCUUUACAUGGUUUCUAGCUCAAAUCGAUCAUCAUCGUUUGUUUCAUUCCCUAAGUUGAAAACACUCCACAUAUUGAGCUUGUACAAUUGGAGAGAAUGGGAAAACAUAGGCUCAAUCUUAAUGGAAGGAGAAGAACAAGACAUUCAUUUGAAAAUAAUGCCUUGCCUUACCUUCUUAGAAAUUAGUGAGUGCUACCGGCUUGCAGCACUACCAGAUUUCUUGCAAAAUAGACCCAAUUUGACUGUCAAGUUGUGGCCAGAGGGAAAUGAUAGACUAUUGUUCCAAACAAUUAUGGGGUGGAUUUAAAUGCAAGAUCAGCUGAAUCUGGUGAAUAUAUAUGAAGACACAACCCCAAUCGAAUGAGUGUUCAACAAUAUAUAUUUGGUUGCAUAACAACUAUAUAUGGACAUUAAUUGAGAGCAAGGAAGGUUGCAACAGCCUUGGAUGUUGUACAAUUAAGAGGUGAUGGAUUCUCAUAUUCUUUUCAAAGUCGUAGGUGGCAUAUACUUCUUCGAAUAUUAUUCAGAUUCUAUAAAUGUCUACGAUGAUGUUAUCAAUUUGUUUGUAAUAAGUUUGUAUUCCCUUAGUUUUUUUUUCGAUAAUCUUUUCUUUAAAGUGCUUUGUUUGGAUUGUAAACAUUUUCUAGAAUAUUUUUGUAUUUUUCUUCUUUAUUAAUAAAUCUUCAGGUCUUAUGGAUAGUGGACAAGUGAUGAGAGUGUUAGUUGGGUGCCAACUUAGUUGGGAUGCUUCUAAUUCUUACUGAUGUCCAUUUCCUAAGUUCAAUUAUUA